GAGAACAGCAGCAGUAGCAGCAGCGAGAGCGAAGCCAGCGGAUGGGAUACAGACUGCACUGAGCAGACCGAGGCAACGAGGACAUAAGGGAAUACACACUGAUGAAGAAGCAACAACAAAGGGAGAGGAUGGAAUAAAAGAGAGAGAGAGAGAAAAAAAGCAUUUUACUGCUUCUCCUUUCUCUUCUGUUUGGAGCAUCCCACAAGCAGAGCACCAGUGAAAACACAUACAUAUGAUAUAUAUAUAAAAUUCCUAUACAUAUAUAUCAAAUUAUGCCUGUUUUCAAAGAAGCUGCAGCCGGACAAGGACUGAAUUGAAAAAUCCAUUGCAAAAAUUGAAAAAAAUGGGAGAUAAUGUGCAGCCUAAAAACUGUUGCAUAUUAAUGCUUUGAGAUUUUUUUGUCCAUUUUUUGAGGAAAAAAAAAAAAAAGACAAAAAAAUACAUUGAUGCAAAUGGAAAAAUUUGGAAAAAGAGAGUUGUUGAGCAACAAAGAGCUGCUGCUGCAAACAGUCCUGUAUUAUUUCCAAGGGGGCUUCUUUUGAAAACAGGAUCAUUUUUUUUCUGAUCAUUGCCACACGGCUGUUUUGGCUGUCGCAUCUCCACUUUGUCUCUGUCGUCCAAAUGGGCUAAGGGGAAGCGUUAUUCCGGUGCGACACUGAAAAGUGCAGAGGGCAGUCCACGGGCUCUCUGACCCCACGCUGAUAUUUCCUCAGCGACGACAAAAGCCUGAGGCUGAGAGGAAAGGGUGAGGAGCUUUACUAUCAUUAAAACUUACACAUCAGCACCGAGCCACCACAAGAUACUGUCCAAGAUGGCCAUCUCUGUGCAUCCGGUCUUGUUAAGCCUCUCCCUGGCCAUCCUCCUGGGUUUGACCUCUCUGGGUGGACUGAACUCGUGGCCUUCAGGUCAGGCUUCGGCCCAGGUCACCGCCAACAACGAGACAACGGAGCCUUCUAUGAUACCAGAGGCCGCGUUGGCAACGCCCACACCAGAGUCGGAGGACAAAACGGCUCCAUCCAACGGCAACCGUUGUUGGGGUUACUAUGAUGUCAUGGGCCAGUGGGACCCGCCUUUCAACUGUAACGCAGGUAUUUACCUGUUCUGUUGCGGCUCCUGCUUCUACCGCUUCUGCUGCCAGUUCAAAAUCCACAGUUUGGACCAGACUUCCUGUUCCAACUAUGACACCCCCGUAUGGGCGAACACCGGUAAGCCGGCGGAUCCUGUCACGGAGGUCCAAGAGGAGCCGGACAAGGAUCGGACCCACAUGAUCGUGUAUAUUAUCUGUGGAGUGGUGGCCAUCAUGGUGUUGGUCGGGAUUUUCACCAAGCUCGGGCUGGAGAAGAGUCAGGGAGGACAGACUGACAUGACCAACUCCAGAUCUGAACUAGCGUGGCGUCCAAACAGCAAUACAUUGCAUAGCUGCGAUGCCGGUACUCCUGUCUGCUUCUCCAAACUGGAAGCACGCCGACCGCCAACUAAGUUACUGACUCUGACAGAGCUCAUGAAGCAGCCAGGGGAGGCAGGACUGGUGGAUGGAGCCGGGGUUCAUCAUCCUAUUGGGACCAACGGCAUCUCCGCCAGGUCACUACGCUCCAACAAUGUGCCACAUGGGGCCAGUGCCAAUUAUAUCCGCACUGAGCUCGUCAGCGACACCCCACCAGAGAGACAGAGAGAGAGAGACGGAGGGAAGGGAGUGAAACAGAGCAAAUAUGGUUUAAGAAUAUAUCAUAACCAUUUGAACAACGCCGCCUUGUCUCCCCUGGGUCCAGCCAUGGCCUUGUCUCACCCUCACAAUAACCUGGGAAUCGGCUUCAACAAGUACACCUCGCUCAAGGCCGUGGACACGACUGCGAGAGACUACUACAAGAGCUAUCCGAUGAUCGAUUACACCCACCGCCAGUCCCCUCCGACGUUCCAGCCGAUCAACUUCCACCCCAAGGACAAGCCCUUCCUCCCGCCGCCCGACAUCCACGCGCCGCUGGCCAUCACCAUCAACGCCUCCCAGAUCCCCAAGCCCAAGAUCGCCAAAACUAACACCCACCCGCUCACCUCCAGCUCGGCCUUCAAAGCGUGGGACCCCAGCAAGAGCCACAUCCAGCACCCGGUGGCCUCCCACAUGGGCCUCCAGGGGCAGCAGCAGCACCACACCAUCCAGCAGCAGCAUCAACAGCAGCACCAACAGCAUCAACAGCAGCAUCAACAGCAGCACCAGGCGCUGCAACAGCAGCACCAAGCGCUGCACCAGCAGAACCAGGCGCUGCACCAGCAGAACAGCCGGCGCCUAGCCUACUCCAACAAGAGGCAGUUCAGCAUCGAGACGCUGCCCGAGCUCUUCUCGCAGCCGCUGGGCUACGGCCACUCGCCGCACGUGCACCCCAAGCACAAGGGACUGCCCACCAACAGCAAGACAGAGGUCACUGUCUGAACAUGGGGGGGGCGAAUAGACAGAAGAGGAAAACACAAGCGGAGCUGUAAGCAACGUUCAAAGAAAUGCUCAGAUAUCUUUUAUAUCCACAGCCGUAACGGCGACAGAGGAGAAAGCAAAUAUCGUGUAUAAUCUGAAUUUUUUUUUUACAUUUUCCUCAUCAUUGUUGACAACAAUAAUAAUAAUGUGAGUGAUAUUUGUGUACUUUUAAGACCGCCGGGUCAAAACCGCAGCAACAGAGUAGCUGUGAAGGUGGCGGCUGUGACUCUUUGAACCUGGCCGCUCCUCUAAAUAAUUGAGUGGCCUCUCAGUGUGUUGGCACAGCUCUCCCCCAUCUUCUCCUCUCAACCACCCCUUCGCACCUCAAUGACACUCUGCGCUGUUCCGUAGCACCACUCCACAACGCACAAAUCCCACACACAUAGAGACACUAUUUACCCCACAAAGUAGCCCAGAUGUGCUCUACCCGUCUGCUGCCGCAGCACCAUGGAUUUAUCAUCACACAGCACAGCGAGAGGCCGCGUAUGGGAACGCUUCUGAAAUGAGCUGCGUCUUGUGGGGAUCACAAUGCAUUGUCUAGAGUGGCCCGCGAUCGGCUUCGGUGGGGGGCCGUGGCGCAGCAGCCAGAACGCAGCCCAGCGGAGGCUACUGCUAUUUCAGAGCCGUGGUCUAACUCGCACAAAACCUCAGUGAGAUAAAGGAUCAAUGAGUCAGACAGACCAGACUAACAUAUUCAACUAAACAACCCCUCCGCCCCUGCACUCUCUCUGCUACUAGAGGACGGAGAGAGAGGGGAUGUGCAGGGUAACAAGGGGGAUGCAUGUUGGUCAUUUUCCUAACAAGCGGGAUCGCAUCCCCGGUUACUGUUUUUUCAGGGCCUGAUAGGAGGGAGGGUUUCCCUUAAGACUUUGGCUCCCCAUGAGCAGAGACAAUGCCAUUGUGUUGUCAGCUCCCGUUGCCCUCCAGCACCUCCGGAGAGUGAGCUAUCAGCCUGGCAAUUCAUACCAGCGAGGGGGGCGAGAGGCGGAGGAGAGAGGGGGGGUUGGUUAUUCAUCUCAUUCCAGGGGCAAAUGAGAUGAGAAGGAUCUGAACCACACACACACACACACACACAUGUCAAAAACUACAGACGGUUCCCAGCAGUGUCAGAGACCACAGCCCCCCCCCCCACUGACACACAAACAGACUCACACUCCGCACCACUGAUCCUCAGAAACCGGGGGGAAGUGAAUGAGCGAGCCCCCCUUGUUGGUAACGGUUUGUCGAGCCGCUCAUUUCAUUCACAGCCUCUCGUGUCGCCGUGGAUGUUAACCUCUAAGGAGAACCGAGGAUGCGUCACGACGCCGAGAAAGAGAGCAAAAAGAGUCCGUGUAUCCCGAAAGGUCGUUAUAAAGUCAUUGCGUUCUCCCCUCCUCUCUCCGCUCCACACUAGAUUUCACAAAUGAGGCGGAGAAAUGUCAGCCAAUUCUGCACAUCGGUACAGUCGUUCAGUCGUACCAGGAAGAGAAAAUUAUGGUGUCUGAAUGUAAAUCAUGACUUUACUGUAUUCAGCUGACAGAUCCAUACGUUUUGCAGAGACAUAAUUUCAUAAUCAAACACUUCAUGAUUAACGUCAUGAAGUGUUUUUUACGAAGAAAAAAAGCAGCGAUGCGCUACAGGAACAUCUCUUCCCCAGUAUGGCUAUUUCCUAAACGCAGCUGUUUGAUGCAUGUGUUUACUGCUGCGACGCUAACAUAAUCUGAGAGGCUGGAACCACUCGUCAGUGCACUGCAAUUUACUUCACUCUCUUUAAUGAAGUACUGUUGCAUCCGCAAGCAAAUGAUUGCGAGCAUCCAAACGUAAAAGCCUCGUAAAUUCCUGCUUUUAAUGCAUUCAAAUAGUGAACACAUUUAGUUUCUUUGGCAUGAAAAUGGUCAAAUUUUUUAAGUGUUAAUCGUGUUAUUUGCAUGUUGUGUCUUCUUUACUGGCUUGCUAUAGCCAGUUGGAGGGUGUGUGAACCCCCGAAGCUUCAUUGUGUGGACUUCUGGAGAGCUGCAUGUCGUCACCGGGGCUAACGUUUAGCCCUAUUUUAACGAUUAUAUGCUAUUUUAGCAUAUCAUUAUUAAAUAAUGUUUAUAAUAAAGUAAUUUUCGAUACAUUUUGGGGUAAAUAAUGGGUUAAUUUGGCAGUAAUUCCAAAGAAAUUUCCAAUAUUUUGCUAAUUAUCACCUAAUUACCAUGAAAUUUGCGGACCUGUAAAAUGAAGUGUUACCAUAACUACUUUUUCAAUCAGUAAUAAAUGACAUUACAUUUUUUUAAGUAACUUUUUUGACGCUUUUUUUUUUUAUGGCUUCAGUUGCUUUUCAGCCUUCUAAAACCUCCACACCACUUUUAUUCUCACCUCCUCCUCCGCUGUGGAGAACAGCCCAACAGCCAGUCUGACUCACUGAUUGAAUUCACCUUCAUUUGUUAUCGUGAGGACACCAGCUAUGCCGCAUUGCAUAUGCCUGGCACAUGCUAUAGCACAUCAAACAGGUGGUGGAAGCUAAUCAAACGGCAGCGCUUACCAGAAGUCACACACUAUUUAGCACUUUCUCUCCCUCUCUCUCUUUCUCUCUCUCUCUCUCUCUCUCUCUCUCUCUCUCUCUCUCUCUCUCUCUCUCCCUCUUUUUCUGCUUCCUGGCAGCCUCCUGGCAGACUGUCAUCCCCCCACCGCCCCGACCUCCCUCUGUGCAUCCAUGUCCAUGGAAGGGUUGAGUUGAGUGAUGGGUACCAAGCACUUGUCUGGAGUUUGGUACCCGGUGCUCCAAGCUGUUGUAAACCAUGGUAUUCUCACUGAAGAGCAUGUGUGUGUUGUGGCGGUGGAGAACUAUUAUUAAUGACUGAGUCAGUCACAGCAUGGCAGAUUUACUGCCUAAUACACCCCAAUGCUCACACACAUGCAAGCAAACCCGAGCAUUCGAAAGGAAACGUGCACAAACUCCACAAACACAGGCUGGGUCAUGAAUGACCAGAUGCUUUGCAAUACAUUAUUCACAUCUGGAGAUGUGCUGCUACCUUAAAGCUGCAGUAGGUAGGAAUGGAGCAAAUAUGAUUAAAAAAAUGUUCUUUUUAUAAAACGGUCACUCUAUCCUGACAGUAGUGCAUGAGACAGGUAA